CUAUAGAUCACUUGAUCUGCUGUGCGACUCAUACCACAAGAUUGAUACAUCCCAACAAAGCAUACCAAGAUGUCUCGAGGGGCCCUCUCCGACAAUGAGAUCCAAACGGAGAUGAAUAAAAUGGUUGCGUUCAUCUCCCAAGAAGCGCGAGAAAAAGCUAGAGAGAUCCAGGUUAAAGCUGAUGAGGAGUUCGCGAUUGAAAAGGCGAAAAUUGUCCGACAGGAGUCUCUGGCGAUAGAUGCGCAAUACGAGAAAAAGCGGAAACAGGCUGAAACAGGUUGGAAGAUCUCUCAAUCUACCGCUUUGAACAACUCUCGGAUUCAGAUCCUCAAAGCUCGAAAUGAUCACCUCAACAACCUCUUCGAAGAAGCAGCCAAGCAGGUCAACUCUCUUUCAUCAGGAAGCGAGUACGCCAAAGCACUCGAGAAUCUGAUACUCGAGAUCCUCCUUCUGCUGCUCUCCACCGAGGUCACCCUUUCUCACCGUCCAAAAGAUGCCGAUGUCGUCAAGAAGGCCACCAACGCGGCUUUGAAGCGAUACAAGGAAAUGUCUGGACGGGAAUCAAAAGUGUCAUACGAUGGAUCAUUGUCAGAUGAGAGUGCUGGUGGGAUCACUGGGUCAACUAUGGGAGGGAGGAUCAAGGUCGAUGACACUCUUGAAGAGAGAUUGAAGAUCCUCCAAGAGAAGAUGCUUCCCGAGCUGCGCGAAGACUUGUUCGGCAAGAACGAGAACAGAAAGUUUUACAACUAAUCGUCAGGCUACGUCGCCUGGGUGAGCCGCUCUGCAUCAUCAGAGUCCUGUCA